ACGUCGCAUCGCGACGCUUACAAAUGGCGACCAGGCCAUAGCAACAAACUUUGGAGUGUUAUGCUUUCUCAGAAUCAAGUUUUGACAGUAAAACUGAGUCACCACUAUGCCUCAUCACGAACGUCUUGACUAUUGGGUGCGAGAAAGCAUUCGAAACAAAACUUUUGAGGAGGUGUACACCAUCGGAAAAGAACUGGGGCGUGGUGCUACAUGCACAGUCUUCAAAUGCAAUCAGACAGGAACAUCUAUCAACUGGGCUGUCAAAAUCAUUGACAAAAAGGUGGACAAGAAAGUUGUUCAGUCUGAAAUUGGUGUUCUGCUGCGCCUUGACAAUCCUCACAUUAUCAGAUUGAAAGAAGUCUAUGAAUCAACAACACAGAUUUUUCUGGUGCUUGAGCUAGUAACAGGAGGGGAACUCUUUGACAGGAUUGUAUCAAGGGGAUACUACACAGAGAAGGAUGCUGCCAGGGCUAUUCGUGACAUGGUUCAUGGUGUUCAUUAUUUACACUCCAAUGGAAUAGUCCACAGAGACCUAAAGCCUGAAAACUUGCUGUAUGAAAGCAUGGCAGACGAUUCUAAGCUAAAGAUUGCUGAUUUUGGGCUUGCCUUUGUGAUUGGGCCUGAGGUGCAGAUGAUAACUGUCUGUGGAACACCUGGAUACUGUGCUCCUGAGAUAUUAAAGGGUGGGAGGUACACUCCAGCUGUGGACAUGUGGGCUAUUGGAGUGAUAGCUUACAUUCUGUUAUGUGGCUAUGAACCCUUCUUUGCUGAAGAAGAAAGAACAAUGUUCAAGAAGAUCAUCAAAUGUGAUUACAAGCUUCAUGAAGAGUAUUGGGGAGAUAUAAGCGAAAAUGCCAAGGAUCUAGUAACGAGCUUGCUUGUGCUUGACCCAAAAAGGCGAAUGACUGCAGCUCAAGCCAUGCGACAUCCCUGGGUUAAGGGCUUUGCCUACAAUGCAGAACACAUGGAGGCUACUAUGGAGAAUAUCAAGCUGUUCAACGCACGUCGCAAACUCAAGUUAAAACAGAUGAGGACAAAAGAAGAGGAGUAUGAGCCGGAAUUCUAAAUGACCAGGAAAACAUGUUUCACACUUCUUAUCUAUACUUAACACCUAAGCGCCAUCUGGAGGAACAAGAGGAAGGUGGAGACAAAGAAGUGCAAGACACUGCAAUGGCUUCCACUCAAUAAACACUUUCUGUUAACUCAUUCAGUCUACAGGUACAUUCCUAAUUCAACUUCUAGAAAUCAUGAUCUUAUGUAUUCUGCAUAUAUCAAUUUAUGCAAAACGACUAUGGUGUCUGUAACAUCUUGAACAUUCCAAGGAUAUUUUCAACAUUUAACUGAAAUGUUCAGGGAAACUUUUGCAGGUUUUCCAAACAUAUAGCUUUGUGUGUAUAUAUAUUUAUAUUGCUGGAAAAGGUGUGAAUGAACUGACAUAAUAAAUCUUCCAACAUUAUUGGAAUCUAUUUCCUAUAUAUUUCUCCUUUGCAGAAGUCAUUAUCAACAAAAGACGGUAUUGCACAAUCCAUCAGUUUUUAAAUAUUGAAUGAAGUGCCUUGUUUUAUGCAGCAAAAUUAUUACUUGUUAAAGCCUUAAAAACAUCAAAUUUCCACUGUUCCCUUUCUUGUAUUUAGCCCAAAUACAGCUUUAUCAUGAACGUAUAUCGUUCAUGAGCUUUAUAUGAAACUCAAGCAAAGAACCUUUUUUAUUGGAGGUUAAUAUGAUUUUUAACAAAAUGUUAUUCUAUCUUCUAUAGGUAUAGUAUUUGAUGACUGAAUGCAUGCAAGAAGCUUACCUUUAUAGUGUAUGCAACUGUUGUGAUCAAGGUUUUCAUAAAAAUUCCACAUCAGUCCACACACAACAAACAAAAUUGAAGUUCAAGACCAAGUGCAAAAAAGUGCAGAAGUUUUUAGAUUAAGAAAGCAAUAUUUUAAUAGCAGCGUACUGAGACCAUGCUUUUGAUCGAGUCUUUAACUCUAAUUCUUGUGCAGGCUGUUUAGUUUGGUAAUUAUUCACCUCAAGUUCUUGUACAGGCCCUUUGAAUUUGAUCAUUAUUUACCUAAAGUUCACCUGCAUGCAUGUGUGUAUUCAGUUUUGUUUCCACAGAGCAAAUGCUGAAUGUGUAUUCUGUUGGAAUAAAGUUUAUUGAUUUCAUUGA